AUGCGCUUGGUUCGUUUACUAUUUCAACGGAUGGAGCCACAAUUACAUAUUCAUACAAACGUUGAUAUUGCGAAUAUUCGUAAACCAUAUAAAAGAUUAGAUGAAUAUUUUGGUACUGAACAUCUUGUAUCACAUGAACCAAUGGGUCAAUUUAAAAAAUGGUUUGAAGAAGCUGUUGAAUAUAUUGACGAACCAAAUUCAUUUUGUUUAGCUACUGCUACGAAAGAUGGAAAACCUUCGAGUCGAUUUUUAUUAAUGAAAGGUUUUGAUGAAACUGGUUUUAAAUUUUAUACAAAUUAUGAUAGUCGAAAAGGAAAAGAAUUAGAAGAAAAUCCAUUUGCAUCAAUGUGUUUCUAUUGGUCACCAAUGUCACGAUCAGUUCGUAUUGAUGGUCAUGUUGAAAAGUUAUCAGAAGCUGAAGCAACUGAAUAUUUUAAUUCACGUCCAAUUGAUUCACAAAUUAGUGCUUGUAUUAGUAAACAAAGUCAACUAGUACCUAAUCGACAAUAUUUACUUGAUCAACGACAAAAAUAUAUCGAUAAUGGUUUACAAGUUCAAAAACCAGAAAGAUGGAUUGAUUCUCGAUCACAGAUUGAUUUACGUCUAAUGAGCAAGGAACAUCGUAACGGAGUAUACGAUCUUCUUACUAAUUCAUUCUUCCGUGACGAACCAUUAUUUAAUUAUGUGCAAUUGGAUAUACCAAACGAACCCUCUGAAGUAGCAAAUCCGACCAUUGAAAAAGCACUUCAAGAUAAAUGUUCGUACAUUGCUAUUGACCGUAGUCAGCAGAAACUAGUUGGUGUUUCAUUGAAUGUUAUUGAAAAUGUCAACGAUCAAAUAAAGGCAUUUGACGUUUCUCAAUUUAAAUCAGAAAAAGUACGCUAUGUUUUCGAACUGGUUAACAGUGCACAUGGUCAUAUUGAUUUAUAUAAAACAUUCAAAACAGAUCGUCUCUUACAUAUGUUAUUUCUAUCAAUAGAUGAUAAAUAUCGCGGUUUUAACUUGGGCAAACAAUUAAUGGAUUUAAGUAUGGAACUGGCAAAAUCAUACGGUAUUAAAGGAGCAUAUACUGAAGCAACAAGUAUAUAUUCAGCCAAAGAAGUGAUUAAAAUGGGUUUUCAGGAAUAUAAUAAAAUCAUUUAUGCUGAAUAUGACAAGAAGCGUUUAACAAAUCUUGGUGUUCAUGAUCAUUGCUUAUUUCUUGCAAAGUCGUUGUAG